AUGCUUGUUUCUACUCAAAUACCGCAUCUCCGGAAGACGGAUACUGGCCAGCAACUCGUCGUGAAUGGCCAACCCUUUCUUUCACUAGCUGCCGAGCUACAAAACUCGUCUCUCACUUCUGCUGAGUAUAUGGACACAGCAUGGCAGAAGCUUGUUGAUACCAAUAUCAACACUGUCCUGGGGUGCGUUACUUGGGAGGAUAUUGAGCCGGUUGAAGACCAGUUCAACUUCUCCGAGCUGGACAAGGUCAUCCUAGGAGCCAGAAAACAUGGAUUGCAUUUGGUCUUGUUGUGGUUUGGCUCUUUCAAGAACGGAAUCUCUACAUACGUGCCACCGUGGGUCAAGACGAACACCAAGCGAUUCCCAAGGGCAAAACUACGCAAAGCUGGUGGCUUACUGCAGACGGGAGAUGUCCUGUCUAUCUUCCAUGAGGCAGGAUGUCAAGCUGAUGCCAAAGCCUUUUCCACGCUGCUGAGCCACAUCAAAGACCUCGACGAAGCUCACUCCACUGUCAUCAUGGUCCAGGUUGAGAACGAGACAGGGCUGCUGGGCGACUCCCGCGAUGGGUCAGCAUCAGCUGAGAAGCACUUCAACGAGCCUGUCCCAGAGGAUCUAGUGCAAUUCCUAGCCCAAGACUGGGAAGCACUGCACGUUGAUCUUAAAUCGAACCUUGACCACUUCAAAACCCAGGAUAGUCCUCGCGGGACCUGGGAGCAAGUCUUCGGCAAGAACCCACACACAGACGAGCUGUUCAUGGCCUACCACUACGCCCGCUACCUGAACAAGGUAGCCAGCGCCGGCAAGGAAGCAUACCCUAUCCCACUGUACACGAAUGUCUGGCAGAACUACGUCGGCGACGACGGCGACAAUGACUUCCCUGUCGUUGUCGGAGGCGGCGGCGCACCAGGAGACUAUCCCUCCGGCGGCGGCACGAGCAACGUCCUCGACAUCUGGCAACAGUUCGCCCCUUCGCUGGACUUCAUCGCACCAGACGUAUAUCUAAACGACUACGCCAGCUCCUGCCGCAAAUACCGACACCGCAACCAGCCGCUGUUCAUCCCCGAGCAGCGACGCGACGAGUAUGGCGCCCGACGCAUCUGGACCGCCUACGGCUCCUACCAAGCAAUCGGAGUAUCGCCCUUCGGAAUCGACACGUUGGAACCCGACACAAACCCGUUCACGCGGCACUACGGGCUUCUGAACUCUGUGUCGCGGAUCGUACUCGACGCACAGACGCGCCCGAACGCAUCUGUCGGGUUCUUCUUCGACGAGCUCGCAGCCGACGGAUCGGACUCCUGCAAGCCUGUUGUCAAACACUGGGGUGGUUAUGAGAUCACGAUUGAGCGGUGCUUUGUGUUUGGUAAGGCGGGGCCGGGUGCUGGCAUGGUUAUUCACCUCGGUGGGCCUCGGUUCCUUUUGAUCGGAUGGGGGUUCCAGGUCCGAGCGCGGUCGCUAUCGAGCAGCAGUACGUUUACCGGGUUCCUGCGGUUCGAGGAGCAGACGGUGAGUGACAAAGAGAGUGGGGAGUUGAGGACGUUGCGGGUUCUGAAUGGGGAUGAGACGAGGAGUGGGAUCUUCGCGAUGAUGCCGAAUGAGGAUCCGGACUACGGUGGUUUCCCGAUCUGUGUUACUAUCCCUGCACGCACUAUGAUUGCCAAAUUGGAGGUUUACUCCGUCGAGGCGGCGGAUGAUGUAUAA